UCUACAGAACCCACCACUUCCACAACUACUUCAACAGUCCCCAACACUUUCACAACUACGUCUGCUGUCCCCACCACUUCCACGACUAAAUCUGCAGUCCCUACCACUUCCACGACUAUUACAUCUACAGUCCCCACCACUUGCACAACUACCUCUACAGUCCCCACCACUUCCACAACUACGUCUGCAGUCCCCACCACUUCCGCAACUACUUCCCCCAUUUCGACCAUCUCGACAACUACUUCUGCAGUCCCUACCUCUUCCAUGACUACGUCAGCUGUUUCCACCACUUCCACGACUACUUCUCCAGUUCCCAUCAUCUCCAUGAGUACAUCUUCAGUCCCCACCACUUCCACAACUACGUCUGCUGACUCCACCACCUCGACGACUAAUCUUUCUGAAGUCCCGUCCACUUCCACAACUACUUCUGCAGUCCCUACCACUUCAGCGACUACGUCUGCUGUUCCCACCACUUCCACAACUACUUCUGCAGUCCCCACCACUUCCACGAGUACAUCUACAGAACCCACCACUUCCACUACUUCAACAGUCCCCACCACAUUCACAACUGCGUCUGCUAUCCCC